AUGAAGUCACUUUUGUGCUUUCUUGUAUUAGUGUGCGCCGCUGUGGCCGUGCCCUUGGAAAAUGUGGAAGAACAAUAUCAACGUUUCGUUCAAGUUCCUGGUGGUGAUGGUGAAAUGCACUUAGUUGAUUUGGAGGAGCAACCAGAUUAUGAAUUACUUCAAGAUAUCGAGAGGAAUCCAGCAAAUAAUCAAUACCUCCUAUUCACUAGGCGUAAUCCAAGAUUAUCUCAGACUCUCAUAAUAAACGAUGCAAAUAGCAUUACCUCAUCCAAUUUCAAUGCGAGAGUUCCAACCGUUGUUGUUGUCCACGGAUGGCUCAGUAACCAGAACACUGACAUAAACCCAGUUAUCAGGAAUGCUUAUCUUGAUAAAUCGGAUGUAAAUGUGAUUGUUAUGGAUUGGAGAAGAUUAGCUAUGUCUACCUAUCCUACUGCUGUUGCUGGAGUUCCGGCGGUGGGACGUGGCCUGGGACAAUUUCUUGCUUUUCUCAACAGAGUAACAGGAGCACCCUUUAACACAAUGCAUCUUGUCGGAUUUAGUUUAGGCGCCCACAUCGUUGGCAAUGCUGGCAGAGAACUUGGAGGCAGAGCUGCACGUGUUACAGGUUUGGAUCCCGCUGGUCCAUUGUGGGGAGCUAACACAAACCGUCUACGACCUACUGAUGGUGUAUAUGUUGAGGCUAUUCACACCAAUGGUGGAUAUAUGGGUCUGGGUAUUCGAUUUGCAGUAGCUAAUGCUGAUUUCUUCCCUAACGGUGGAUAUUUCCAGCCUGGUUGUUACACCAGUGUAUGUAAUCACAAUCGUGCUUGGGAGCUUUUCGCGUCAACCGUUACCAAUAAUCAUCUUGUUGGAAGACAAUGUAGUAAUAUGCUUGAAGUGUCACUUAACACCUGCAGAGGUUCUAAUCUCAACAUGGGCAAUGACAAUUUAACUAAGACAGGUAAUGGCUUGUACCGAUUGAACACCAACCGCAGAUAUCCCUAC